CGGUGGGAAAUGCGAACAUAUUUGAAAGCAACAGCAAUCAAGUGAAAAGCAAGGCCUGUCCCGCCCAGCUCAGCUUAUAGCUCAGUGACAUCCUUGCCGGCAAUUUGCAAGCCAACUCAGAGAUCUCCUGCCAUAGAAAACAGGAAGUCCUUUGUAAAAAGUCGAAAUUUGAAAAGUGCGCGUAAAGUACGUAAAUAAAUUUCAAAAAAAAAAAAAAUGCCUUUUGCAAAUGAACAACUGAAGUCCGUGGCCAACGAGCAGUUGACCAAAUCGGAGACAAUAAAGCUGCGCAACCAGCAUAUCGGACAAGCCUGCCAGCUGUUCUAUCGCUCCGAUCCCCUGAAAAUUGUGCGCGGCCAAGGUCAAUAUAUGUUUGACGAGGAGGGAACCCGAUAUCUGGACUGCAUUAAUAAUGUGGCUCACGUGGGUCACUGUCAUCCGGAGGUAGUGCGUGCCGGGGCCCUGCAGAUGGCCACCAUUUCCACCAACAAUCGCUUCCUGCACGAUGAACUCGUCCAGUGCGCCAGGACCCUGGCCAGCAAGAUGCCGGAACCACUCUCCGUCUGUUUCUUUGUCAACUCCGGGUCGGAGGCCAACGAUCUGGCUCUGCGUUUGGCCAGGAAUUUCACCAAGCGCCAAGAUGUCAUCACUUUGGACCAUGCCUAUCAUGGACACUUGCAGUCGGUAAUGGAGGUGUCUCCCUACAAGUUCAACCAGCCCGGUGGCGAGAAGAAGCCCGACUACGUCCAUGUGGCCCCCUGCCCGGACAUCUACGGCGGACAGUUUACGGACAAGAUGCAUCCGGACGCGGAUAUGGCCGCCAUGUAUGCCCGGCCCAUCGAGGAGAUCUGCGAGAGGCAGCUGGCUAAGGGCGAGGGCGUGGCCGCCUUCAUUGCCGAGAGCCUGCAGAGCUGCGGCGGACAGAUCCUGCCCCCGGCGGGAUACUUCCAGGCCGUCUACGAUGCGGUGCGCUCCACCGGUGGCGUCUGCAUCGCCGACGAGGUGCAGGUGGGAUUCGGCCGGGUGGGCAGCCACUACUGGGCCUUCGAGACGCAGGGCGUUGUCCCCGACAUUGUCUGUGUGGCCAAACCGAUGGGCAACGGCCAUCCCGUGGGUGCGGUGGUCACCACGCCGGAGAUCGCCCAGGCCUUCCAUGCCACCGGAGUGGCCUACUUCAAUACGUACGGCGGCAACCCAGUGUCCUGUGCCAUCGCCAAUGCCGUGAUGCGGAUCAUCGACGAGGAGAAUCUCCAGCAGAAGGCCCACGUCCUGGGUGAAUACCUGAUCCGGGAGUGCAAUAGCCUCAAGCAGGACUUUGAGUGCAUCGGGGAUGUGCGCGGCGCUGGACUGUUCGUGGGCAUUGAGCUGGUGCGGGACAGGGAGGCCCGUACUCCGGACAAGAAGUCCGCCCACUGGGUGGUCAAUCGCAUGAAGCAGCUCCACCACGUCCUGGUCUCCUCCGACGGUCCCAACGACAACGUGAUCAAGCUAAAGCCGCCCAUGUGCUUCAACCGGGAGAACGCCGAUGAGUUCCUCCUGGCCUUCCGGGAGUGCCUCACCACCCUGAUGCAGGAACGCCUGACCAGCGCGGCCAUGGCCAGCGCCACCACUACCACCAAUGGUGUGAUAGCCACCGCCGCCGAGACUUUGGCAAAUAAAACGAAACUCUUCGAGCGCCAGGAUCGUCUCAUCAAGUCUGUCUGAGGCAGUGCAUCCAGCUGGUCCUCCAAAUCCAGCAUCUCCUCCAGCAUCUCCUCCUCAUCCUCGCCCUCUUCGUCUGUUUCGGCUGCUAUCGGGCACAAAAUAGCUUUAGCCACCAAGGAUAUUUAAAUUAUUCCAAGCCACAUACCCCUAUCCUUAAUUCUAAAUUCUUUAAUCUUUUAAUGAUUUAAUUUCUGUUUUUUUUUUGUUCGGAUAAGUCUCAGUCUUAGGGUUGUUGAAGCUUCAAAAUUAUUUUAAGAAAAAGGUUAUUAUAUUAUUUUCAUAACAACCCAUUAUUCGCAUCUGAUAUAUACAUACACUGAUAAAAACAUAUAUAUAGAGAACAUUAUAUAGGGCAUGUAUAACCAUUA